AUGCCUACUCAAAAGACGCAGACAGCCAUUAUCCAAACGGAGGAGGCCUCGUCAACCAAGACUAAUCUGACCAGUGUCCUCCCCUUGACGGUUUCCCACACGGUCCCCGUGCCUGGCUUACCCUCCCCGAACCACGUCCUCGUCCGAGUUCUAGCUGUAGCCCUGAAUCCCACCGACCAUAAAGCAGUGUCACAUUUUCCCAACCCGAGCGGCGGAGUUGGAUGCGACUUUUGCGGCGUCAUCGUUGAACCUCAGGACGGGCGAUAUCCCGCCGGUACCAGGGUAUGUGGUAGCGUUUUCCCAUAUGCGUCUUCGUCUUCGCCUAGGGAGGAUGCAGAUGCAACGAGAAUACUCAGUGGGUCAUUCGCCCAGUUUGUAGCUGCCGAUGCACGCCUGCUGCUGAGAGUCCCCGAUGAGUGGGACGACCUGCAUGGCGCUGCGCUGGGGGGUGUUGGUUGGGGCACCGCAGGACUGGCCAUAUCGGACCCGGAGGCUCUGGCUCUCCCCGGUUUGCCGUCCAACCCCGCGACGGAAAAGGAACCCGUGUUGGUAUAUGGAGGUGCGACAGCCUCGGGCACCAUGGCUUGCCAGUUGUUGAAAUGUUCUGGCUAUUUACCCAUUGCUGUGACGUCGGCCACAUCUGCGGCGUUGGCAAUUGAAUACGGCGCAGUUGGUACUGCGGCUUACACCUCGCCUAAAUGCCGAGAGGACAUCCGCAAUAAUGCCAACGGUCUCCCCAUUCGCCACGCUCUAGAUUGUAUCACGGAUGCGGAAUCCGUGGAUAUUUGCUUUGCCGCCAUGGCGCGUACUGGGGGCCACUAUGCCUGCCUCGAGGAGAUGAACAAGGCCUGGAUAACUCGCCGUGCCAUCCGUGUUAAGGAAGUCAUGGGCUAUGAGGGGUUGGGCGUGAACAUCAAUCUGGGUCCGACUUCGUCAACAUAUUUGCGGGAGGCCAACCAGGAACUGUUCAACAUACUCGCGAACUGGGCCACCGAGAUGCAGUUAUUGCUCGACGAGAGGUUAAUAAAACCCCACCCUGUCCGCGAAGUACAAGGGCACUGGGACGGAGUUAUUCAUGGCUUGGGUGUGCUACAAAGGACCGAGGUCAGGGGGCAAAAAUUGGUGGUUCGAAUUGCGGCCAUGUGA